AUGACUCCUUUCCUGGUCAACUUUUUUGGUGGACUCCUCAGAUUUCUUUUCGCCUCCUUCCUGUCCUUCUUGGAAAAUUGUUACUAUUAUACAACUCACAGUGUAUCAAAUCUGAUCCUUGAAGGAAGAGCUAUCACAGAAGAACAUUCCAUUAACAAGAGACAAGAAGAAGUUGAAGAGAAUAUUGGGGAGUCCACCAAAUUGAAACAGGUGACCAACAAAGGAGCCGUAGAAGAAAAUGGUGGUCUUAGGUUUCCCAACCAAUUCCAACCUAUUGAUCUAAGCAGUCCUGGUUGUUUUGAAUAUGGUACUGCUAGGAAGAGGUUGGUCACAGAAGAGGAGAUUGUGGUGUAA